UGGCCGCCCGGAGGGUCAGGGCCGUAGCCAGGGUCCAGAAGGUGCACGUUUGUGUCUCAGGUUAAAAUAAGGUUCCCGUGCGCGUGCUGGGUUCGGGACUCUGCUGGGUCAGAUCAUGUCCUGUGGGCACAGUGCCCGGGAUCCCCGUGCGGCAGGGACCCCCGUGCACCCGGGACCCCCGUACGGGGAUCACACCUGCCUACACAGGCUGAAGAGCAUUGGUGUGUCUUCAGGUCAAUCAAAGUUUUCUUUCUCUUUUUUCUUGUUUUUUGGAGAUAGGGUCUAGAUCUGCCGCCUAGGCUGGAGUGCAGGGGCGUGAUCACGGCUCGACCUCCUGGGCUCAAGCGAUUCUCCAACUCUGGCCUCCCAGAGUGUUGGGAUUAUAGGCAUGAGCCCCUGUGCCCGGCCUCAAGGUCAUUUGGAAAUCGGUAGUCUGGGUGGGGCACACGGUGGUCGCCACGUCCCCUGCACACCCAGGCAGGAAACCCAGGAGGAGAGCCUGGGGCUGGAGUCCCUGAGGAUCUUCAUCUUUUCCUGGUGGCUUAUCUCUGUGUCUGUUCUCCCUACUGGGAUUUACUGCUGGUCCUCAUGCUGCCUUCCCCCGCGGCGUGUGGGGUCUGUGUCUCCCUCUGCACCCCCAACCCUACCUGGCCCCAUGCUGGCCUCAGACACACCGGGCACGUUCUGGCCUCAGGGAUUCUGCCCUGCUGAUCCCUCUGCCUGGAAUGCUGUUCCCCGGGGCCCCGGUUGGUUUCACCCACGACCCCUUCUUGGCUUGGCCUUUGAGGGCCACACCCACGCCCCGUGUCCUGCUGGCUGUCCACCUGGCCUCCCUGAGGUCAGCUCCAGGCGGGAGGGCCCCUGUUCCACACUGUCCCCUGCUCCUGGCACAGAGGCUGGCAUAAAGACGCUCGGUGAACAUUGGUGACCCAAUGCAUGCAUGGAGCAGAGGCCAGAGGAGGGGCUGCUCUGUAAAGCGCAGUUACCCACCACCUCACGCCACCACCUCACGCCACCGCCUCGCGCCACCGCCUCACGCCACCACCUCGCGCCACCGCCUCGCGCCACCGCCUCACGCCACCACCUCACUAGGGUGCUCCAGGGCCUCUGGGCAAGAUUCUGCCCCCAAAUCCUCUGUCUCUUGUUUAUGGAGAGCCUGGGGUGGGAAACCGGCUCCUGCAGGACCCUCAGCCCAGCAGAAAACCUGCACCGCCCCACAGCCCCACCAGUGUCUCCGCACCGGCUGCUGUGGCUGGGACCUCCAGGGAAGCAGCUCAGGGCUGCAAGUCCAUGUGUGAGUCACGGGCACAUGUCUCUGCACACAUGCGUGAGUCAUGCACACCCGUCUCUGCACACACACGUGUCCACACGCACCCGUCUGCACACACGUGUGGAGUCACGUGCACCCGUCUCUGCACACACACGUGUCCACACGCACCCAUCUGCACACAUGCGUGGAGUCACGUGCACCCGUCUCUGCACACACGUGGAAUCACACACACCCAUCACUGUGGAUGCGUGUCCACACACUCCCGUCUCUGCACACACAUGUGUCCACACGCACCCGUCUCUGCACACACGCGUGUCCACACGCUCCUGCUCAUGUGCUGCACCUGCUGGCUUGGGCACCGACAUCAAUGCUUUGUCAUUGUGGCUGUCAGGACAGAGAAAUGCCCUGUCCCAGAGGACUCAGUCCCCUUGGGGUUAGAGGCCAGGCACAGGUCUCCCUCAGCCCCUGAAGCUGGGCACUGUGGCCUGAUACACUCCUCCCAGGGAGGUGGGGGAACCUCAGGCCUGGACCACGGCUCAGCCCUCUCGUCCCCAGGACAUGGAACACAGAGCCACGGUUGGCUGGUCGGCUGCAGUGUUGGGCACGGGCACAGGCCCAGCCUCCUUCCCCACGGCCAAACUGGGGGGUGCUAAUUCUGGCCUACCCUGCGCUCCUGUGCACUGUGUGGGUGACUUAUGGGUGACUCCAGAUUUCUGGGCAUAAAUUGGGUUCCAGCAGAAAGUACCCCAGAGGACCAGGCAGGCUGAGGGGCAGCCCUGCCCCUCACCUCCAGACCCUGUCGCCCGUCCCCAGCCAGGGGGUCCCUUCUCUCUGUCCUCUCGUCUGCCCAGCCCCAGGCCUUGACCUCCUCCCUGUGGAUUUGCAGGGGCGGGGAGGGACAGGGACACCCUGAUCUCAGGGCAGCUCUCGGGGAAGCAGUGCUGGGGAGGGGUAGGUGAGGCCGCCCCUCCCACCGGGCCCACAUCACUACCCUGGUCUGAGGCACCGCCUCCAGGAAGCCCUCUCUGAGCUCUGAGCGCCUGCGGUCUCCUGUGUGCUGUUCUCUGUGGGGUCCUGCAGACCCAGAGGGGCUCAGCUGCACUCAUCAGGCGGGAGAGCUUGGUGUGGGGAACAUGGCCGGGCCCCCGAGGCUCCUGCUGCUGCCCCUCCUCCUGGCGCUGGCUCAUGGCCUGCCUGGGGCCCUGGUCGCCCAAGAGGUGCACCAGUCUCCCCAUUGCACGAUUGCCCCCGCGGGAGGCUCCGUCAACAUCACCUGCUCCACCAGCGGGGACCUGCAUGGGAUUUACCUGAAGCAACUCGGGCCACAGCCCCAAGACAUCAUUUACUACGAGGACAGGGUGGUGCCCACUACGGACAAACGGUUCCGGGGCCGCAUUGACUUCUCGGGGUCCCAGGACAACCUGACUAUUACCAUGCACCGCCUGCAGCCGUCGGACACUGGCACCUACACCUGCCAGGCCAUCACGGAGGUCAAUAUCUACGGCUCCGGCACCCUGGUCCUGGUGACAGAGGAACAGUCCCAAGGAUUGCACAGAUGCUCGGACGCCCGGUCGACAGGCUCUGCCCUCCCUGCCCCGCCGACAGCCUCUGCCCUCCCUGCCCGGCCGACAGCCUCUGCCCUCCCUGCCCUGCCGACAGCCUCUGCCCUCCCUGUGGCCCUGGCAGUGAUCUGCUUCCUCCUCGGGCUGGGCCUGGGGGUGGCAUGUGUGCUGGCGAGGACGCAGAUGAAGAAACUGUGCUCGUCGCGGGAUAAGAAUUCGGCGGCGUGUGUGGUGUACGAGGACAUGUCCCACAGCCGCUGCAACACACUGUCCUCCCCCAACCAGUACCAGUGACCCAGUGGGCCCGGCUAUGCCCCACCCGUGGUUCCCCAGCAUCUUCAUUGCCCCACCAUGCCCCCCACCCCGCCGCGCCCCCCACCCCGCCGCGCCCCCCACCCCGCUGUCCUCCCACGGCUGCAGCAGAGUUUGAAGGGCCCAGCCCUGCCCAGCUCUGAGCAGACACACAGGCAGUGGCUGGGCCCCACGGUGCUUCUCAGUGGACAAUGACACCUCCUCCGGGAAGCCUUCCCUGCCCAGCCCCGCUGUCACGAGAAGGAAGCCUGACUGCAUCUCCCAACCAUGGCCAAGGAGGGCUUCUCUGUGGGAUGGGCCUGAGCACGCAGCCCUCUCCUGUCAGUGCCGGCCCACCCACCAACAGGCCCCCAAGCCCCGGCAGCCCGGCAGAGGACCGGAGACCAGUCCGCCACCCAGCCGUACCAGAAAUAAAGGCUUCUAUGCUUCCUUUUCUGA